UUAACAAUUUAGGAGAAGCUCAAGGAUAUGUGAGAAAGGCGCUACCUUGGCAGCCAUUUCCAGGGGAAUCUAUUCACAUAGUUCUUGUCUAUCUAGUUUCUUUUUACCUUUCACAUAAGAGGCCUGGGACAGAUGGUAGCAGACUGGGACGUAUGAGGCGAGGAGUAGCAUAAGAGUCAAGGUGUGGAUUUAAACAAACCAGUUCCUCAAGAUCAUGGCAUAUUGCGGUGGAACCGAAAGAGCUGAUCGCGAAACACAGCUAGUUGACUUGUCCUUAUGUGAACGGGAGUCAAAAAGCCUUGAGAACUUCGAACUAAGCAGUAGCUUCUUCCUCGACACGGACAUGGCACAGGAGAAAAUGGAACUAGGUUUGGAGCUGCUUCCAAGUUCCACCACCACAGACUGCAACAUCCUGAGACGAUCCAACAGCGCCCCUUUGAUCAAUGGACUUAGCACUCCCAUCCUUUUAUUUGUCGAGGUUCUGCAGGAAUCUCCCUUGUUCCUGAUGUCCAGAGAUCCCACCCUCAGCCUGGGCGGGAGUGGGACGGGCUGACCUGAGGGAGAGCAAACACCCACCCUGAGGUUGACACACAUCUGAACUUGAACGCCUGAACGUCCUCUCCUGACAGUCCACCAGGACCUGAAAGCAGCAACCAGUUGGUGUGGAGCACAACCUUUUUCUAACUUUACUCCAUCUCUUACCCAUUCCUUUGAAGAAACUGAGCAUCCUCCCCCUCUUGCCUCCAGAUCUUCUGCCGUGACUUUAAUUUUUGUCUAUUCUCUCAACUCUUUUGUCACCUCUGACCUUUACCUCCAGCACACUCAAGACAUACGUGGUUGUCAAGCAAAUAAGUUUGAGCUGGUUUUACACCUAGUUUUUAUUUAAGCAGAAAGUUUAGGUACCACUGAAGCUUGAUCUCCUAAAUUAUACAUUCUCAGUGGGUGAUAUUUUCCCCAAGGUGGAGGGAGGAGAAAAUUGGUUCUUGGGGGAGGUGUGAAAAAUGUUUAACUCUUUUUAUGUAUAAAGCACAGAUAUACAUACGGUACACAUAAACAGAUAUACAUUAUAUCUGUGGUGUUAAAAUUUUGUGAAGGGGCAGCAAUUAGGAGGAAAAUGUCUAAAAAAGGCUCCAUAGAGAACCAAUAACAGAAAAAGGAUUUAGAAACAUUGCACUAAAAUACUAACUGUAUUUCCUGCACCUAUCUGAAAGUCUGGCAUUACUAAAUCUUAUUAUUUCUUUUUUAAAUGUAUUUUAAGUUAUGAGUACAUAAUAGUUGCAUAUCUUUAUAGGGUACAUGUGAUGUGUUGAUACAGGCAUACAAUGUGAAUUAAAUCAGGGUAAUUCGGGUAUCCAAGGCCUUAUUAUAUCUUAAGUUAGAAUUUUAAUAGGAGAUCUUAGAUCUAUAUCAUAAGGUUUUCUAGAUAUUGUAAAAAUGUCUGAAAAAUUCAUUCACUAUAUAUGUUAACUUUGCUCCUCACCUUUUGUGGCAUCAUGUAAUUCACAUCAUAGAAUGUUAGAAAGGAAGCCAGAGACCAGAUCUACCUUCCUUGUUUAACAUAUGAGGAAACUGAGGCCCAUAAAUCUUCAAAAUGACAUGAUUAGUGGCAGAGCCAGCACUAGGACCCUGUGUCUCUUGAUUAUCCUAAACUAAUAUUCUGUCCACCCCUAAUCAAUAUCUAAGCUGCUAAAUUCUUAAACAAAUGCAGCCUUUGGAUCAUUUGAGAUAGGAGAGAAUAUAUUGUCACAAAGUGAAAAGCAAAUUAACCAAAAAAAAAAAAAUACAUUACCUUUUCAAACUAGGCAGGUAGAAAGAUAAAGGUGGGGGACCCUGCAUGCUGUGCUGAGAAAAAGAACAUUUUAUAAACUCGGGAUUUUGCUGUAAUCCUCUUGUGAGAAUAAAGGAACUGUUAUGGGACCUACUCUUUUGGUAGAAGAGAGAGGUGAGGAGAAUGUUGGUUUUAUUGGAAGGCAUUAUAAAAAGAAGAAACAGGUUGAAAAUACAAGGGGAUGGACCAGGCCCCCUUCCUUAAUCCCCCAAGUCCUAGAAGCAAAGAGAUCUCAGUUAUCCCUUCAUACCUUGCUUUAUUCUGCAAAAGAUUUGAGGUUUUGUUUUUGUUUUGUUUUGUUCUUAAUCAUAUUAGAACAUAGUUAUAGUGUUGAAUUCCACAGCUUAAGAUCCUGAUACAUGAAGUAAAAUUUGUACAGAAAGGUGUUACUAACAUAUUUAUCUAGUAGGAGUUAAAGAUAUAGAAACUAUAAAGUGGACCAAGUCUGGGGACUCUAGUCCAUCAAAAAGAAGUAACAUAGGAGUGAUAUUUGACAUGCCUGAGGUCAGGGAACUUGCCCAAAUGAUCCAAGGGCAUAUUUUGUGCUGUCAUAGCGAGUUUAGGAUGUAGUUAGAGAAGUUAUUCUCAAGCAAGACAAAUUUAGAGUAGAAUUACACUGAGCCUUAGUCGAAUUCAUUUUCACCUGCGCAUAUAUACAUAGCUCAUUUUUCUCGCUUUUACUUCCUUGGGCCUAAAAUACUUCUUGUCCUGCCUCUUUCUAAACUAUACCUUGCAGCAAAGCAUUCUAUUGACAGCUUGCUAAAUAUUGUUGCACCUCUUUCAAGUAAUUUUCUAAUUUUACUUGAUGUUUCUUGUAUAUAAAGAUCCCCCUCUUGCACCAGCAUUUGCAGAAUUAAAUUCCUUAAACUUAUUCCUUAAAUGUUAACUCUUGAAUACAAUAUUAUUGUUUUAAAGAAGUUCCUGAACUGUUUUGUAUAGAUCUUGUAUAAAUAAAAGUACCAAUGUCAAAACAUUUUGAACUUCUUGGUUCUUUAUCCCCUUUA